UGUAGGGAAGGAGGGGUAUAGAGGCAUUCAUUCCAGCUUCAUACAGGAGGCAGUUGUGUGGGGAUAAAGGGGAUAACUUUCUUUCACUUACUCUUCUAGUCUGUCCAGGAAAGGAAGAGAAAGGAUGGACAGAUUGUUUUUCUAAUAUACCAGGACAAAAUGGCAUUUUUGUCUAAGCUGUCUUAAUUAUUAAGGUAUUGGUAAGUGUUACAAAGCCAAAAUGAUCCAAAAUGACCCAAAGGAUUGUGUCAUUUCUUUAGUGUUUUUCCUGUUUUAGAUUUGGUCUUUAAGGGAGCUUGUUAUAACAGCUUAGAAAAAUCCCACUUUGUGCUUUAAAAUCAUGCAUUGUCUUCCCUUUGCUAGGGCAACCAUAAGAGUUCACCCAGAGGACAAAUUUUCUAUCUCAUUAAUUGUUUUUUUUUUUUUUACGCGAACCCUAGUGGCCCCUCAAACCCUUGACCUUUAAAGACAGUAUUUUGUGUAAGCUCUAUAAUUCUCCUACCAAAAUGACCCUUACACAUGCUGCCCUCUUCUUUUUCUCUUUCCCCCCUCCUUCCCUCUAACACACACUCUUUUGCUUUAGUCACAGAGCCAAGCUGUGCAUGACUCUGGAGAUAAAAGUUUUGUCAACAUCUGAAAUCAACUUAAAUCGGAUGGGAGACACUUUAAUGGUCACAGUUUGAAUUAAGUACUUAACACUCUCCCCCCUGAAGAAAAAUGGCACUUUGCAGGCUCUCUUUCCUAGUUUUGCUGAAAUCUACGAUAUACCCGGUGUUUUAUUACAGCGGGAAUUCAACUGUGACAGGCAUAGUAGAGUACUUAAUACCCAGGAUGGGGCUCCUGGGAAGAUUACCUAGAUAUAUAGGGAGUGGGCCCUCUGCACAGAAUCUCUGACUUUAUACCCAGCUCUUCGAGGGUGCCCACAUUCCGCACCACCACCCCCCCUCACCUCUCAGCUUCUUCCCCCGAGGGGUGGGUAUCUCCAUCUCUACUCUGUCCCCCUGAUCUUCUAAGCUUCCAAACUGGGCUGCUCUUCUCACCACUGCCUUCUCUCCAGCAGUUGCAACAUGGAAACUGAUCUAGGACUCUUUAGAAUGAAAGGGAAAAAAGACACCCAAAGAAUCAGGGUAGCAAACAGAGAGUGGGGGGGGGGGCUUCCUGUCUGAAUGGGUGGGUUCUGUGCAGGGAGCAGGCUGUUCUUUGCACUCCUUUGGCUUGCAUCCCUAGCCUAGCCGCAGCCCUGUAUUGAAGAACAUAGGCUCAGCUUUCCCAAGGGCUGUUCCUAUUGCCCCUCUUCUAUAUUAUACCCCAGGGGCCCAAGAAGAACUCUGCUUCCUCUAUCAAAGGCUAAGGGCUAGGAAAAAUAGGAGGAGGAAAGAAUAUGGGUUCUCACUUCUUGUUGGAAUCAGGGAGGGUGCUGGGGCUGUUGAUGAAACAUUCUAGUCUGAAACUUCUCUCUCUUGGAAUUCUGGUAUCACUUCUCAAGGCCCCACACUCAUGGAGUAACUCCCGCCACCCACUCAGGCCAGCUCCCCUGUCUCUGGGCUUGAUUUCUGGGGCUACAAGAGAUCCUUGUUUCAAAGAAUGUCCGAGGUGAAAGAGAUUUGGAGGCCAUUUUGGUUCAAUCUUCUCAGUUUACGGUAGAGGAAACUAAGGCAGUUGAAUGUUCCCCCAUGUUCCUGUUAAUGAAUGUGCAGGUUGAAUAGAGCCUUUGGUCUCACCUUGGAGAGGGGUAAGUGCACAGGCAUCUUUCCUCUGGGCAAGCCUAUUCUGCCUAGAAUGGACCUGCCUCUGGGCUCACACUUGACAAGGGUGGCCACAGGUGUGCUGAGGUGUCCAGGGAGGUAGGGUAGGUUCUCGCCUGAAGCGCCAUCAAAGCGGCUCCAGGAGAUUAGGUCACCAAAGCGCCUUAGCCAGGGCACUGACACAGGUGGGCUGACCUUUGGUCCCAGGAGGGGACAGAUGCCUGGGUGCCUGGGAGAGCGGUGGGCACCCCACUGUCCACAAUGCUCAUAGUUCCAGAAUGACUAAUUCUAUGCUGGCCCUGGGAUUUCCAUGGCAGUCGCUUGCCCUGGAGUUGAGCAAGGAGCAAGGAGUGUCUGCGUUCUGGAGGCCUGGGAACCAAAAAAGCCAAACAAGGACCGUCGUUGCAGCAGAUAAAGGUGUAGCGCCAGUUCGAGGGAGAUAUUGAAAUUGUAAUCUUUUGAGGUCACGUGACUCAUUAAAUAAUUAAUGCGGAUCGUCAGGAAUGGAUCGGAGUCGUCAGGGCCGCACUAGGAAUGAAUCUCUCAGAAGUGAGACCCCAACUUCCUAUUUGAUUUUUAAAAACACACACCCUCAGAUUUAUCUCCAAAGGCUUUUAACUCCUUCAGGAGGUUUGAAGAGAGAGCCCUUCGGCGGGGAGGACCGGAGCUGGCGGGCCCACGCCGGGUUUGGGGGCUUUUUCUUCAGGGUUUCUGCAAGUCCGGGGAGCGCGCCGCGUCCGGGGAAACGUGAGUUUGGGCUGGGUUUUCUGCGGUCACAUCCCGGCUUUAGUGAUGAAGUGGGACGGAUGCGCAGACAGUUGAUAAUGUUCUGAUUCACACGGGGGAAGGCUGCAGAGAUACCACAGGACCGGCGCGCGGCUUUGUUCAAUUUUCCCGGUGUUCAUAAAUCACCCGCGCCGGGCGAGCGAGGGAGCAAGCGAGCGCCAAAAACGCCGAGAGAGAGGCCACGGCGGCGGUGGCGGCGGCGGCGGCGGCCAUUGCAGAGGGAAAGAGACCUGGGCAACAUCUCUUUGUGACUCAUUAGUCUGAACGAUUUAUGGGGAACGGCAGCCAUGAAUAUUUGACUUGGGGAUAAGGAAAUAGCAACAACAAUAAUAACCAUAAUAAUUACAAUACUCCUAAGCGUCGUUGGUGGGGAGGGGUGGCGGAUGGCGGCAUAGCGGUUCUUUCUGGGGCGAAGUUGAGUGGCAUUGUGCAGGGUAGCUAAGCCCCACCACGCUCAGGGUCCCUCCAGGAGCCCCAAGGCCGGAGACACUCCCUGUGGGGACAUAGAGGGCGAAUUUGAAUAAGAGAAAGGGGCCCAGCGUGGAUUCUGAGUCCCAAGGGCCUGAUGGAGGGUGAGGGCUACAGGUCGAGAGGGUGGCAGAGGGCAACUAGUUGCUGGUUUUCCGCCAUUUGUUCAGUGUGCUAGGGGGCCCUGAAGCCUGAGGGUCAGGGGGCUUGUCAGCUAUUUGGUGGUCUCUCAGGCCAUCAACAGGACUGCAUGGACUGGGAUCAGGCAUCCAGGGCUGGUUGGGGGCAGGCUGGCAUGUGGGGAGGCUACCGGGCCGGGGGGUGAAGGGGUAGCGGGGAGUAGGUUUAUGGAAGCAACCGGCCCAGCAGAGUCCCAGGCAGUGGAGAAUCUAGCCGGGGUUCAGCAUUGGGGAUGAUUCUUCUCCACCUUCCCCAGCGUCUUCUCUCCAUCUCCGGAAAGUUGGCUGACCAUUUGCUACUUAGAGAGCAAGAGAGGGUUGCAGAUACCUUGAGAGACAAGUUGGCAGCAGAAUUAGGGCAUCGGUUGGUUUGGGACUGUUGUGCAAGGCAAGGCUGUUUAGGGCCCUCAGAUCGGGUAUUGUCAGAUGUCUGCAUCCUUCCUAGUCUUCCCCUAUUUCCAACCAGCCGCAGUUGGCCUACUCUCAGGGACUGGGCGCUGCGGUGGUCCCGCCAGCCCACUGGGACCGAGAAGUGAGGCACCCCGGGCUUGAAUAAACCAGAAGACAAAACCUCUCAAGACUGCCCCCCAGCCCAAAGACUGCGCCGGGGUCUGAUUUCGAGUCAAACAGAAAUGAGCACUAUUAGUGAGGUUUCAAGAGAGUCUGUGAUUGAAUGCUCCCAGACAGGGCUUCCCUUUGUUAGCGAAAGAAAAUAAAGCGUGCAUUCACAUUCCCCAAGUUGAGGUGCGUGAGGAGCUCUUGGAGCAGAGCUGGCACCAACGGCAAAGCUUCUGCCACCUUCCCAUCUUCCUCCGCCUAUCCAUUUUCUUCUCCCUACCCCCUUCCCCCAUCCCAGCCCCCGUAAAAAGAAAGAAAGAGGAGAAUGUGGGUGCGGAGAUGGAGUAUGUAUUUAUUUUACAAAAAUAAAUCAUCAUCUGCAGGCCAUUCUUAGACUGGACCCUUUCGAGCAACGAGUGCGCCUCAUGGACGAGUGCCCUGGCGACUCCUCCGAGUCCGCGUCACCCCGGGGGCCACCCUGGCGCCCGCGCAGGGCCGCACUUCCAACUCCGGCUCUCCAGCUCCCUUCCUUCGCAGCCACCGUUUACUCUCUGCUGUUUAUUUGUCCGCAGAGCGCCAGGACACCGGAAAAGGCGAUUCCCUGAGUGCCUGGAGUUGGAGACAAUCACUGGUUCAGUCUUAAACAUCUUUGGAGGUAAGCGCUGCGCCAACUCUUCACUCCUCCGGGCUUUGCACGGGCCUUUGGAAGGAGUUUCCUCGUCCAGGCAGCUGCAGCCCCUUGAAGGAGGUUCUGGUCAAUAUUUAACCUCGGAGACGUUUUGGAGCUGGGUUCUCUUGAGCUGCACGCCCCGGGAAUGCGGGGUUUCAGGCAGACAAAGAGUCUGCCCCGAAAAACGGCCGGCACUGUGCAGGCGGGGCGGUUGCAGAGACCAAAGAUGUGCGUGCGGGGGCGGCCGGGGGUGUCAGAGGAGCGUGUUUGUUUCUUCGAGCGAGCUCCAAACAAACCCCUACACCGAGCAGCAGGGCAGAAGCAAGUAGAGGCCACGGGUGCGGCGGCCGCUGCGUGGGCCGCGCUCUCUGUCGACUGCGGCGCCCGCGGAGACUGUGAGUUCGGGAAUGGUCGUCAGUCACAGAUCUGCGUUGAGGAAACUUGUCUCGCCGCCUUGCAGUUUCUCCUAUCCUUUUGCCUUUCCGCGGCAUGAGGGAGGUUGCUGCUGCCUUUCGAAUGUGUAGACCGUCGCAGGCAGCGGGUCUUCUCCGUUCCUUUAGGUGGGCGGAACUGCUCUUUUUCCUACGGGAAAAGCACGCGUUUCCCAGGUCUCUGCGUUUUCUUUUCCUACUGGAAACAAGGGAAGACUCUUUAAAAUUCUUUCCAAGUUCUGGCUUAAUUUGUUCUCUUAGUUUGGGAUGCAGGGAGGUAAUUACUGUGGUUUAUUACCUUGUAAAAGAUCCAUAAAUUUUGUGCCUGUUUGGGGGAGGGGCUGUUGGAAUAGCUUUCAGAAGCUUGGUAUGAAGGAAUGGGUUUGCUUUGUUCUUUCAGGAGUUAUUUAUUUUAAAAAGUUUUCUGAGUUUUUGUUUUCUAUUCCGCGGGCCUCAGCCUUCCCUAAAAUUUGCUCCCCAAAUAGAUAUCAGGUUGUUAAUUAAGUGCAACAUGCUAUUCAGUGAUGCUGUAAGGCUGAUAUGUUGUUCUGGAUACAAUUAUUAUCUUAUCAGAUAGAAGGUAAACAGGGAAUAGUAAACCUGGGUUACUUUCUCAGCUCCUGUAUGUCUAUUUAUAUCAAGUAUAGGUUGAGUAUUUUAGGAAUUCGCAACUCACUGUGUACAUAUGAUUUGAAUCUCUGCACACAACAGAAUCACUGCAUAUGUACAUAGUCACAGGAGUUGGAGACCAUGUGUAUAAAAUGAUAUACACAUCCAUAUGUGUCCAGAGAACUUGGAGCCCAUUUGUACUGCAGUUGCACCCACAGGAAAUAUCUCAUGUUAAAUAAUGAUAUAUAACCUACACACACACACACACACACACACACACACACACACACACACACAUGCACACACACACACAGACAAAAGUGGGCUAAGCAGGCCUUACCAGCCACUAAGAAAAACCACUAGAGCUAACUAAAGGGAGAAAAAUGUUAAGUGUAUUUUUGACAGAGAAAUCAGAUUGCAGUGUUUGGAUACAGAUAUAUCUAAUCUGCCAACAGCCUUGCAAAUAUUGACUAAAGCCCUGUAUCCAUGCUCACCUGCUCCUUCCAAGACAACUUUUGGCUCUGGUGAAAUGGAUUCAGGGCAUGUGUCCCCAGCCCUGGCCAGGUUGGGGGCUGGAGUGGAAGGGGGGACCGGCAGCUAGAUUUUCCCGGCUGGGCUUCGAUACUUGAGUAUCUCUAUUCUCGUUCUCUGGAAAUGAACUUUAAAAGGUCCAUAGCCUUGUUCAAGGAGAGUGGAUUUCAGAGUGGUGAGGGAGGACUCUCAGCUGCUGGUUCCCUGGUGGCCUGCCCAGACCAAGGUCUCUCUUAGGAAAGCCAUUUUCACCUCAAAAGUUAAAUUUCUUUUGACUUCCUCAGAUUUUUUCCUCCACAUCCCACCAAAUCACCCCAUUCCAACCCAAGUCGUUAAUGUUAAUUGUUAAACAGCAGUUGGAGCAUUAACUGGGCUGUUAAUAGCGGCAAUGGAGGCUCCUGGCUAGAGCCGAGAUGCCGCUGGGCCUUCCUGGCGUUAAGGCAUUUCUCUGAAGCAGUACCAAAUACUUCUCUCAUUGAUUUAUGGCCUCGGAGUUACGAUUUGCUCCAGACUGUUCUGAGAGUUCUGAAGGGGGCCCCUUCUCAUCUCUGAGUUGAAGUCUCUGCAGAAACUUUGGUUGGGGGAGAUGGGAGUUUGCCAGCAAUUUGGCAAUACUUCCAGGUCCUUUCUAGGCUACCUGGAGAGUUCGGUGUGAAAUAUUUGGCACAGGCAGGGUGGGGGGACUGCAUAAGGGGAGCAGAGGACAAUGUGUUAGUUGUGUGAGUCCUUGGGGGACUGCAGAGUGCUUUUUGGGAAACCGGCCUUUGGUUCUAUCCCCCACACCCCAUACCUGAGAGAAGUAGGUUUGCACUUUGGGUUCUCACUUUCCAGCUUGUGGCUUAGGUCAGAGUUGGGUCAGUUCACAGAGAGGUUCUCUCCCAGCUCUACCACAGACAGAACUUUGUUGGAAUACUGCCACCAGCGUAGGCCAGGGCUCACUUCCAAAGGAUUAGGUCUCCUCCUCUUUUAUUGCCCUUCUGAUUUGGACACCCCCGUGACCAGGCCCCCUUACUGAGGGCCUUACAUUCUCACUAGGCCCCUGCAGGGCAGGACAGGAGGAGGAGGAAUCCUGUAGCUGCUAUAAGUGAGUCCUCACUCUUAGAGAGGCCUAGCCAGCUGAAGAUCCACUCUAAAGAAAGAAAAGAAUAAGGCACCAGGAGCCCACCACUUCAGAAACCAAGAAGUUCAGAAACUAAGACCUGAAAAGAGAAACUUUUAAGGCAGGUCCUGAGAGGGUGAAGUGUUACAAUCAGUAGACAGUGUCACCAAGCAGAAGUCAGGAGUAGAAGCAGGGCAGGGCCGGGGAGGGGGGGGGGGGGGUUGGUUCAGCUCAGUUGCUCCAGAGCAGAGUUGGUCCUGUUCAUUUUCUGCUGGUGGACAGACUUGUCUUAGGGGAGGGUGGACAGACCCAUCUGCAAAAGGGUCCCAGGUUACCUUGUAGGUUAAUUCAAGGGAUGCCAGCAAAGAUUGGUUGUAUAUAUAGUUUUUCUCUUACAGAGUCAAUUAGAUCAUUUCCCCUUACAUUUUCCAUUGUUAGAAGCCUAUAAUUUCAUGUAUCGCUCAGCUGUGCACUGAGGAAGUACGCAAGUUUAGGUUUAGCCAGGGCACUGAGUCCCUCCAGAUUUUGCAAAACCCUGACCCACCACUCUAGAGGCAAGCACCUCUUCCCUAGAGGGCUCCCAUUGAACAAAAUCAAUUUAGCCUUUUGUCAGGUAAUUUGGGGCCUUUUGGCGUGGGUGGUAGCAAACUCCAUACAAUGGCAGGCCAUGAGGGAGUCCACUGACUAAGCCAGUCAUUACUGGGUUUUCUUCUGGAAACAGGGCCCGGGCCUUGCCUUUUGACGUACUGGCUAGCAGGCCAGAGGAGACUGGCAUGCUUGGGUGUGCAGGCUUCAGCUUGUCUGCGUGUGGAAGACUGUACAGAAAGUUACAUGGACUCUGAGAAUGGGGACAGCAUUGCUGUUUGGAUCAUUUGUACAGAAAUAUAAGUGGAGAUAAGUGGCCCAGUGUGGCACAUGUUGGGGGGGGGGUGCCCCCAGCGUCCUACUGCCCUAGAUGAAACUCUUCCCCACUGCUGGGCAAGGUUCCCCACUUCCCCUCCCCCAAAGCUGAAUGUUCUGCUUGGAAACCUAGUCCCUUCAGUGAUUUCCUAUUUCAAAUAAAAGGAUUUAAGUUGACGUAUGACCACGUGAGCACAUAAUACAGCGCAUUAUUGUGGCAUUUGGAGCGGAGACCCGGGCGGGCUUCGCCUGUGAUUACGUUUUCUAGAUUCUCUACAGAGCGAGAGCUUUUUCCCCCCACCCCCACGCACCCACCUCCUCCUUCUCCUUCCCCUUCUCCGGAGAGCGCUCUCCUAGCGGGUUGCAGUUUUCAGCGCUCAUGGAGCGGUUCUGGGCGAGCUAGCCGAUGGGACUCGAGGCCACACCAGGAGGAUGGAAUUUAUUUUAAGGUCUGCGCGGGGCAGCCAUUGGCGGCGGAGUAUCACGUGACCGCGGGGGCGUGCCAAUGUGCGCCCUCAAGGGUGUCAAGCCCCUGUCAGAGUGUGCGAUCAAGAUUGUGAGACAACGCGAUGCAAAAAGCGACCUACUACGACAGUUCGGCGAUCUACGGUGGCUACCCCUACCAGGCAGCCAACGGGUUCGCUUAUAAUGCCAAUCAGCAGCCGUAUCCGGCGUCCUCGGCACUGGGCACCGAUGGCGAGUACCACCGACCUGCCUGUUCACUCCAGUCGCCCGCCAGCGCCAGGGGCCACCCCAAGGCGCACGAGCUGAGCGAGGCGUGUCUGCGCACCCUGAGUGGCCCGCCCAGCCAACCCCCAGGCCUCGGCGAGCCCCCCCUGGCCCCGCCGCCCCCCCAGGCCGCGCCCCCUGCUCCACAGCAGCCUCAACCCCCGCCACAGCCCCCAGCACCCGCUCCUGCCGCGCCCCCGCCCCCCUCUUCAGUUUCCCCACCUCAGAAUGCCAGCAGCAACCCCACGCCUGCCAGCGCAGCCAAGAGCCCCCUACUCAACUCACCCACCGUGGCCAAACAAAUCUUCCCCUGGAUGAAAGAGUCUCGGCAAAACACAAAGCAGAAAACCAGCGGCUCCAGCUCAGGGGAGAGCUGCGCUGGCGACAAGAGUCCGCCUGGGCAGGCGUCGUCCAAACGGGCGCGCACCGCCUACACGAGCGCGCAGCUGGUGGAGCUGGAGAAGGAAUUCCACUUCAACCGCUACCUGUGCCGGCCGCGCCGGGUAGAGAUGGCCAACCUGCUGAACCUCACAGAGCGCCAGAUCAAGAUCUGGUUCCAGAAUCGCCGCAUGAAGUACAAGAAGGAUCAGAAGGGCAAGGGCAUGCUGACGUCAUCAGGGGGCCAGUCCCCAAGUCGUAGCCCGGUGCCCCCCGGCGCGGGCGGCUAUCUGAACUCUAUGCAUUCGCUGGUCAACAGCGUCCCAUACGAGCCCCAGUCGCCCCCGCCUUUCUCCAAGCCUCCCCAGGGUGCCUAUGGGCUGCCCCCCGCCUCCUACCCCGCACCCCUGCCAAGCUGCGCGCCCCCACCGCCCCCACAGAAGCGCUACACCGCGGCGGGGGCAGGGGGCACACCCGACUAUGACCCGCACGCUCAUGGCCUGCAGGGCAACGGCAGCUAUGGGACCCCACACUUACAGGGAAGCCCCGUCUUCGUGGGGGGCAGCUAUGUGGAGCCCAUGAGCAACUCUGGGCCUGCCCUCUUUGGCCUAACUCACCUCCCCCACGCCGCCUCGGCAGCCAUGGACUACGGGGGUGCUGGGCCACUGGGCAGCGGCCACCAUCACGGGCCCGGGCCAGGGGAGCCUCACCCCACCUACACGGACCUUACCGCCCACCAUCCUUCUCAGGGAAGAAUUCAGGAAGCCCCCAAGCUCACCCACCUGUGAUGGUGGGCUCGGGGCUGCGCGCCAGGAGAGUACCCCCCCCCCCCGCCCCCACCUUUCUUCGUCGUUUCCCUGUUUUGUUUUGUUUUAAGAUUCUUCCUGUCCUCUCUUUUCUGUUCUCCGCCCCUUCUACCUUCCCCUCCCCCUCGUUUUGUUUUCUUUGGUAACGCGUUUUUAUAGUUUAUGUGACGUAGCAAUCUUGGUUGCUGGAAUGGCUGUCAGUAUCAGUAGCGAUGUUUAUCUCCUCCUACCCCCUCGCUCGGCCGCUGGCCCUGCACCCUUUACUUUCUCUACUCUUUGAUCAGAAACAGGGUAUAUGAACAAAUUUUCUAGCCGAGUUCUUCAAUGUGAAUUUGUUCGUACAUUAUGGCUCCCGAGGGGAAGCAAUUACUUUUUUUUUUUUUUAACUUUUAGAUUUUUUUUAAAUUGCACUUCUUGUAAAGAGCGAGAGAAAAAUCAAAGGCGCUUUGAAACAGGGGCUCCCUGUGCAAGGACGACUAAGUGUACGUCUUUCCGUGUGUGUAUGCUGGUGAACAGUCAGAUUUAUUUAUAUUUUUUUUGCAAGCAUUGAAUAAUCUAAGUUUUAAAUAUUAUUUAUCCCCAUCCGUUCGUAUUUAUAUUAAAGAAAUUCUGUACCCUGAUUGUUCAGAAGGUUUCUUGGGCCUUUUGUUCAAUAGUGUAUUGGCGUACAUAGAAAAAAUUUUUAUUUGAAAGGGAAAUAUAAUUCCUUUAUAAAAACGGUAAUGAUGCAAUAAUACCAGAGAGGAUCCAGCUUUUGAAAAGACUGAUUUAGGUUUGUAACAUCCGGCCAAACUGAAAAAAAAAAAAAAAAAAAAAACAAUCUGUAAACGUGAAAAAUGCUAGAUUUGUUUCGAGAGUUCUACAUUCCUUGCUGCUCACAUUCUGAGAAACUAAACAAAAAAAAUAAAUAAAGUUUUUAUUCUGAAUAA